CAGAAACUCCCACCUCAUGUCACGGAGACUUUAAACUAUUGCAGUAACGAGUAAUGACCACGUGAUCACAAUAAUAGUAAACAAUACACACACUGUGACACGAGUACCCAAGUUACAAUGCAAACUUAAACUUACUGGCAGACAGAAGUGAACCCACCUCUCUAGGCCAUGACUUUGAGCUUCAUCUUCCCAACACCCAUAGCUCAACAAGAUCAGACCCUUUUAAACUAGUGAUCCAAUCAUGGCUACAAAGCUUAUCCAACAUCCAAUCCCAGUUUCCCAACUGGUCCCACCAACACCCAGUAUCACCAAGAUGACGAUGAGAACACUCUCAGCCACUCAUCCAAAGAAGCCAAGAUUUGGAGAUUACAUAUCUGGGUUCAGACCCAUCAAAGUGGCAGAACAAAGCUCUGGUCUUGUUGGAAGUGAAUCACCGGUUCUUAGAACACCAACCCAAAUCAAAACAGACAUUUAUGAGGGACUCAAAGGGAUUAAUAGAGGCAUUUUUGGAGUCCCAUCUGCAAAGAAAUCUGAGAUUGAAGGUCUGGUCAAGCUACUGGAGUCUCAAAAUCAAAUUCCAGAACCUACUUUAUAUCUAGACAAGGUGGGUGGAUGUUGGAAGCUUGUUUACAGUACAAUUACCAUUUUGGGAUCCAAAAGAACAAAGCUUGGAUUGCGAGAUUUCAUCACUUUGGGAGAUUUUUUCCAGACAAUUGAUGUUGCUGAGGGUAAAGCAGUAAAUGUGAUAAAGUUCAAUAUAAGGGGACUGAAUUUGUUGAAUGGACAGCUGAAAAUUGAGGCCACCUUCAAGAUUGCAUCUAAAUCACGAGUCGAUAUCACUUACAACAACUCAACCAUCACUCCCGACCAGUUGAUGAAUGUUUUUCGGAAAAACUAUGACAUUCUGCUGAGCAUCUUCAAUCCAGAGGGGUGGCUGGAGAUCACAUAUGUUGAUGAUAGUUUGAGGAUAGGAAGGGAUGAUAAAGGCAAUAUUUUCAUUUUAGAAAGAUCAGAAGAAAAUCAAACCUAAGGAUAUCCAUUUGUUGCCUUCAAUUUCCCAAUUGCAGCUCCCAUUUUGGAGGAUUCAUACUGCAUCAAUUAUAAAAUUUUGCAUGCUAGUAUUAUUAUGUAUGUACUGUGCCAAAUUUCCAUAAAUUUAAUUAGAGAAGUUACCACUUGCAACCAACAUCCUUAUGUCACCUC